UUGGUAAGCCAACAUGAAAAUAAGACUCGCUUGUUAAAGUUUUACAGGUUGACCUGAUAGUCCCAUCCACUUGUCUCCGUGAAUCCCAGGCGCAAAACUCCAAAAUGACUUUGCCAUCGCCGAGGAAGAGCUAGCCUUACGCAGUGGCCCUGAGCAGCAGAGGACAGGGAGACAUUCUGGGUGUCUCCAGGCUAGCAUUUGCUUGCUUCUGGUGGAACUGUGUGAGAAGUUUGCCUUCUUUGAAGUCGUCUGCAACAUGAUCCCUUUUUGCACAGUCAAGCUUGGCUACUACAACCACCAGGCAGCCAUUCUCAACCUGUGUUUUAUUGGAGCCUCAGUCCUCAGCCCUGCAUUUGUUGGGUGGAUGGCAGACAACUACGUCGGAAGGAACAAACUGUUGCACAUAUCCUUACUGCUACAUUUUCUAGGCACUGCUUUGUUAUCCAUGAUUGCUUUUCCCUUGGAAGAUUUCUACGGAAGCUCUUACCCUGUGGUCAACCACGUGCCUGUGGAGGAACGGGCAGGAAUGUUUCACACAGCACUGCUGACCCUCUGCCUGGGCACAGGAGGGAUAAGGGUUGUCAUCCGUCCAUCUGAUGCUUACAGCCCUCAGGAACACGAAUCCAAGAAGCCAAGGUCUUUUUUUAACUGGGCCACCUGGUCUACAAACCUAAAUGCAGCGGUUGUCUUUCUGGGAAUAGCAUGCAUCCAGCACUCUGGGGCUGGGGCCAUUGUGGUCCUGCUUCCUUCUCUGUCUGUGUUCAUGGCCCUAGUAGCUCUGUACAUGAGGCACUGUGACCUGAUCCAUCAACCAGAGAAAUGUUGCUCCCUCCUGACUGUCUCUGGCAUGGUUGUUACGGCCCUGAGAAAAUGCUGCCUGCCAUACUGCCACCUCGGGCGAGAUGGAACAAGUCGGUCAGGCCGUGCCAGGCAAAUACACGGUGGACACUGCAGAGAACUCCAGGGGGAAGACACAGAACUUGUCUUCUCCACCCUUUGGCCUCUCUUCGGUUUCCAGCUCGUAUACAGAAUGUGCCUCAUGCAGAUCCCUUCAGGAUAUUAUCUUCAGACCAUGAAUUCCAACCGGAACUUGGGCGGAUUUCCUCUGCCACUUGCACUAAUGAAUACCAUCAGCAUCCUGCCAUUAUUAAUUCUGGCUCCCUUCAUAGAUUACUUCAGCAACUGUCUACUUCCCUCUAAGAGAGACGGACCAUUCCUGUCAGCAUGCAUUAUUGCUGGUAACAGUUGUGCAGCCUUGUCUGUGGUCAUAGCCGGCUUCCUAGAAAUACACAGAAAACUCACCUGGGAACCAUCUCCUUCAGGCAAAGGUUUCUCUGUUUCCUCGCUGGCCUGUGGCUCUCUGGUUCCUCAGUAUGUUCUGCUUGGAGUAUCUGAAGCCUUGGUAAACCCAGCAGUCUCCAUGGCAAUACACAGAUUUAUUCCAAGCACCUUCAGAGGAACUUCCAUGGAUUUUUUGAUGCUGUCUCAUGGAUUUGCCUGUUUCACAGGGGCACUACUGGUGGAGUUGGUUUAUCUCAUCUCAGAAGGCAAUUGGUUUCCAAAUACAUUAAACAAAGGCAAUUUAGAAGGCUUCUUCUUCGUGCUGGCGUCCUUGGCGCUGCUGAACAUCCUGGGAUUCUGGAGGGCUUCACGGGGUUUUAGAUAUUGUAAUCUAAAUCAUUGUAAAGCCCUGAGCAUCAGUGGAAGAAAUCAUGAAGAAACUCUUCUCUGUGAAAAGUCUCUGAAGUUUUAUGGCAGUAUGCUGGAAGCAUCGUCGAGUAUUGAUCUUUGGGAGACAGCCCUGUGAAACUUGAGUUGACUGCGUCUGGUGAGCGCCACGAGUCAUUAUUUCCUUCUUCAGCCAAACACUUUAUACAUGCUACCAGGAAAGCCGACACAAAAGAAAGCCAGCAGGGAUGCUAUCUACAUACUUUAUUUGUUGGGAACAAUCAUGAUCCUCUAAUAAACUAUUAUGCUUUUGUAUUGAUGUACUAAACUAAUUAAGAGAUUCCAGUGUCUUGGUGAUUACUUUAUGACCAGAAAAUGAUUAUUUUUUCUAUGCCAACAUGUCAAUCAUUAUUAUAUAACCUUCACAAUGGUUCAACAAAUUGAAAGUGAUAAGCAAUAUUUACUUAUAAUUUUAAUGUCAGCUAAGAAAUGCUAUCCGUGUAUUUUUUUUCUUUCUGUACAUUCACGAAUUCUUUAUUUAACCACAAAUAACACAAGUCUAGGUAGAUAAUAAAUGUAUAUAUAAUUCUGCUA